AUGCAACUGAUGCCUGAGGAAGGUGCUGCAGGAAUCCCAGUGAGCGACGGCCUGAUGCUGAGCAACCCCGGGAGCUCCUACGAGGCGGUGAGGCGCCUGGCCGCCGGCAACGCGGUGGUGCUCUUCAGCAUGAGCGGCUGCUGCAUGUGCACCGUGGCCAAGAGUCUCCUCUUCAGCCUCGGCGUCGGCCCCACGGUGGUCGAGCUCGACGAGCUCGGCGGUGCCAGCCGCGACAUCCACGCCGCCCUCCGCCAGCUCGCCCGCGACCAGCAGAAGCUCCCGGCGGUCUUCGUGGGCGGCAAGCUCCUCGGCGGCCUCGAGACCCUGAUGGCCUGCCACAUCAACGGAACCCUCGUCCCGCUUCUCAAGGACGCCGGUGCUCUUUGGCUGUGACGUCUCUCCCGCCCCUCGCCGGAACAUGUUUCGACGCCAUUGCCGCUGCUGCA